AUGGGAUCGAAAAAUGGCAAAUAUGAUUUUGAACAUGGAAUUUCAUCACAAAACUAUGAUGAGACAUUACCAUCAUUUUCAUCAGAACUAAAUGGAUCUAUAGCAACAAAAAAAUCACGAAAAGAUAUUACAUCUAUACCAACAUGUAUUCAUCAAGAUAUAUUAAUAGAUACAUCGACAACAAAUAUUGAUAAUUUAUCUCUUGUUUGGCUUGAUACAGAUAUUCAUCAACGACCAUCAAAUGUUGAUGUAGAAGUUAAAUUAAAAAAUCUUGUUAAUUAUGUUCGAGUAUUUGAUCGAGUUGACGCAUGUGAAAGAUAUAUUAAACAAAUUGGUAGAAUGAAUAAUAAUAAUCAUACAAGACAGGAAAAAUUACUUGUUAUUAUUUCAACAACACUUGCUCCAACACUUAUUCCACAUUUACAUGAUCUUUCACAGGUUAAAUAUAUUUAUAUAUUUGGAAAAUCAAAAUCAAUUUCAAGAGCACAUGAACAAUGGUUACGAAAAAAUAAUAAAGUAAAAGGUUUAUAUAAUUCAUCUCGAACUUUAAUAGCUCAAAUAAUUCAAGAUCAAAAUUAA